CAUCACAUCGACUUAUUUUAAUGCAAUGCGGAAAUGGCGUGUAGUUGACAACAAUUUUCAGAAUAAUUUUUAAUAUUUUAACGGGAGUCUUUAUUUAAGUGGCAUAAAAAUGAUGCAAUUCAUGCUCCUGUUUAGCCGCCAAGGCAAACUGCGACUACAAAAGUGGUAUGCUGCACAUCAGGACAAAAUGAAGAAAAAGAUCACCAGAGAGCUGGUCACGUUGGUGUUGUCACGCAAACCAAAGAUGUGUAGUUUCUUGGAAUGGAAGGAUCUUAAAAUUGUUUAUAAAAGAUAUGCCAGCUUGUAUUUCUGCUGCGCGAUAGAGCCUGAAGACAAUGAGUUACUCACGCUGGAGGUCAUACACAGAUAUGUGGAGCUACUCGACAAAUACUUCGGAAGUGUGUGUGAGCUGGACAUUAUAUUCAACUUUGAGAAGGCCUACUUCAUGCUGGACGAGCUGCUACUGGGCGGGGAGGUGCAGGAGACCAGCAAGAAGAAUGUGCUGAAGGCCAUCGCCGCCCAGGACCUACUGCAAGAGGAAGAGGCCUUAGAAACUGCUCUCACAGAAUAUGGGCUUACGUAGCUACCGUUGCCAUAGAAACAGGCUGGCUGGAUUAUUUUUGCAUUUAGAGGAAACUCCCCAGGGAUUUUUUGAGGACCACGGGCUUGGCUGACGUGGAAGCAUGGACAAUAACUUACCCCACCCACUUUACUAACACUGCAUGAGGCUUAAUGCAAAAUAUUAUUGUGCAACGUCAGGAUGCAUAAUUUAAAUCCAGAUUGUGCAAUUAUUCUGUGUUGUAGUUUGUACAUUUGUUAUUUGUAAAGAUCGUUGCUGGGUUCGCCACUAUGUUUUGUGUCUGACAGAAGUACAUGUUUGUAACUGAACAUUUAUGAACUACAUUGGGUGGGGUUUAUUUGAAAGUGGUUUUACUAAAACCCAUAAGCUUAAUAUGUUUUAGGUUAAAAUAACUGUUGUGUAGCUUUAAGAAAUUUGAUUUUUACACAAAUCCAUUACGUAAUAUGUUGUUGACAUUUAUUUAUUUAUCCUUGUGAACUCGACUGUUUGUUAUCUGUCAUACUUUUGUUUUAAAAGGGAAUCACUGUCUACAAAUUUAUUACACAAAUGUAAGGUUUAUUGAAAUUAUAUUUAACAAAUUGUUUUCAAUAACAAUAUUCUAAUGUGUUGACAACUUAACCAGUUGUGUUUGGUAAAGUGGUAAAUUAUUAUUUGGAAUUAACUUUCUUUAACAUAUUUGUUACUUGUGGGUUUUCAAGACAAGUAAUUAUACACUAAAACACUUUGAAUGGAAGUCAUCAGCAUCUGCUUAAAUCUCUUAAUUAUUUCAUAAGUUGUGUAGAAUUUUGUACAAACUCCAUGUUCAUUUUUUUAUGUGUUACCAGUCAAUUAAUAUAUUGAUUACAGUUUAACAUUCCAUUUGAACUAAUUAACACUUUCUGUAUUCUAUUUCAUUUUUGUACAGUUCGAGUCAUUAAUUUGAAAUGCUCUCAAAUUACAGUAGCUUUUUGAAUGUAGUUUAAGAAGCAUUACUCAUUAAAAUUAGUGCAUGUUAAUAAAAGGGACAAAAAGCA